AUGCCUGAAAUUGAUAUAAUCAUAUACCACGGUGGUCCGUUGAAGAAUGCCAAUGCGAACAAGGGAUUGCCAUUUGAAGGGCCGGGUAUAAAGACCUAUUAUACCCAAAUUGAUCGUAGGUUAAAGACCCUUGACGAAUUGAAGAUGAUGGUUAUGGAAGAGUUGUGUGAGAAUCCUGCUGUGCAUAACAUACAAAUUACUUAUCGUAUGCCAAGUGAAAUCCUGAAGCACCGGAUUAAUUACAAGUAUAUGGUGAUAGAAGCAGACAAACAUGUGAAGAUCAUGUUUGACAAGUUGGAGAGAAUACUUGAAGUAAUUAACAUUGAGUUGUACAUACAGUUGGAGCCACGUGCAGAAGUUGGUAUCGAGGAAAUCCAACAAACACAAACAAGUUUACAAGUUACAGUUCCGAAUGCUCAAUAUGAGUAUUUUCCACAUGUAGAGCAUGAUGAUGAUGAUGAUGAUGACGACGACUAUGUUGAUGAGAGUAUUGCCAUUGACGGUGAAGAUUUUGGUGAUAGAGAUGAGAUUGAAGACAAGAUUGAACAAGGGGACUUUAGGGACUUUGAGAGGGACAUUGAUGACAAUGAGACAUUGGUCGGUAGUGAACCUAAUGCAGACAAUGUUCUUAGUGUCCAAAACAUUACAAACACAAUCCCUGCCUACUCACCACCUGCCUUGUCAUUUUCUGAAAAUACUUGGGAAAAUAUGGUUGAUUCUUCACAUAUUGAGACACCAUUUGUGUCUACUUGGAGAGAGGGGAUGAAUUUGUGCAAAGGCUUGACUUUUGCCAAUAAAGUGGAGGUGCAGCGCGUAUUAACAAAGUGUGCCCUUAAGGAAAACAAACACUUUAUGAUCAGUAGGUCGAUCACGACAAAACAUUGUGCGAAAUGCGUGGAUGAGUCAUGUAAGUGGUAUGUCUGCGCAGUCAUGAAACCCAAGUUCCACAGACUAUGGAUGGUCAUCGUGUACAAGGGUCCUCACACGUGUAUACGGAUUGGGGUGCGAAAUGAUGGUAGAAUGAUGAGUUGUAAUUUUAUUGCAGAUGUCAUCCUUAAGAAGUUAUGUGAGGAUCACACUACCCCAAUUAAGCAUCUCAAAUCUGUGAUAGAGUUGAAAUAUGAGGGACAGAAGCCUUCUUACUACAAGGUAUGGGAUGCGAAACAAAAGGCAAUUGGGAAGAUGUUUGGGAAUUGGGAAGAGUCUUACCAAAGGUUGCAAAAGUUGCUAAUGACAUAUAUUGAUCAGGAUCCGACUAUCCAGGUGUUCAAUCGUACCACAUCCACCGGUGAAGAUGACACAGGAAAGUUGUUGGUUGCAAUGGCAACCGACGCUAACAACAAGGUAUUCCCUUUUGCCUUUGCUAUUGUGGAUUCUGAGUCAAGGUCCAGUUGGAGGUGGUUUUUACAAUGCCUCAGAGAUGCGAUUGGCCACGUGAUACCUAACGAAGGCAUUUGCAUAAUUUCUAACCGACAUCUCGGUAUCAAAAACACCAUUGCAAACUAG